UAUGUAGUAUGUACUCAGUCACGACUACUCACUGUCUACUCACUAGUCACUACUCAAUUCAUUACCCUGACAAAAUAAUUAUUAUUUAAUAUGUUAUUUAUUUUGUCAUGUUCAUUACGUCUUGACUCUUGACCAACUCAAAAGUUGCUUAUUCAGAACUUUAAUAAUUAUUAAUUACUAUUUAUUUUAAUAUGCUGAGUAUUUCCUGCUUAUAAGUUGUAUUGUAUACAAAUACUCACUCGUUAACUCUACGGUAUUUGCUGCCGGCGGCCAAGGAUAUUAUUAAACCGCAUAUUCGCAGCGACUCGGACUUUUCCGUUUAAUCGUCAGAAAUGUUCCGAAACCGGGUUAAACAGAUCAGUUGGUUCGUUUUCGAAUCGUUUACAAGGACCUCUGGAUACCGGCAAGCCCGCCGUGCUGUCAAGUCAUCGUCAAACAUCCAACUUCCAGUGACGUUUAGCCUAGCCAUUCCUUUCUUUGGCAACAAAAAUACAAGCUUGACCAAAGUCAACGAACGCGAUUUGGUCAUUGAUGACAAAAAAUUAGUUUUACAACAAAAACUUGUUGAAGCCGAUCAGCUCUUUCUAGCAAAUAAGUAUGAAGACGUAGUACGUUUACUUGGAGAAUACAAGGACAAUAAUGACGUACAAGUACUAUGGCGUUUGAGCAAAGCUGAAUACAAUAUGAGUUUAGAUGAAAACAUUAGCAAAGAGAAAAAAAAAUCUUUGAUAUCAUCAGCACAUGAGUCAAUCAUUAAAGCAUUAAGCAUUGAUUCAAAUAUAUCUGAAGUUCACAAAUGGGCUGCUGUGUUAAUUGAUGCUUACAGUAAUAUCAAUUUCGGAAUCAAAGAACAAUUGCUUAAAUUGGAAACUGUUAAAUUUCAUUUGCAAAUGGCAUUGGAACUGAACCCAAAAGAUCCAUUUAUACGAUACAUGAUUGGUUAUUGGAAUUACAAUCUUGCUGAUUUAUCUUGGUUUCGGAGAAAGCUUGGAUCAAUCAUAUUUGGAACUGAAAUUCCCGAGUCGACAUAUGAAGAAGCAUUAGAAUGUUUUAGAGAAGCUGAAUCAAUUCAACCUAAGUUUUACUGCAAAAAUCUUCUUAUGUUGGGAAAAACAUUUUUGAAAAUGGACAACAAGUUUAGUGCUGAAUAUUAUCUGAAAUUAGUCACUCAAUAUCCUGUUAAAACUGUUGAGGACCAUCAGGCCAAAAUUGAAGCAGAAAAAAUUCUUAAAUCAUCAUUUGGGCUAUAGUCAAAUCACUACAAUUUCAUGACACAGCUGGAUUAUUAUUAUCACCAUCAUUUUAAAAUGCUAACGUAUGUGUAUGUUUAAUGUACUUACUACCAUAUUUUUACCCUAACUUAGCAUUUUAGUGUAGAUAUCUAUAAUUCCAGAGUUUUUAUUUUCCAAUGAUCUGUACCCAGAACCUUUAAAUUAUAGCUUCAAACUCGAGUUAAAAGCCUUCCAAUAUAUUAAAAAAAAUUUUUAAUUGCACAUAAACUUUGACCUAUAAGUAAUUUGUUAUUUGAUUUAUUAAAAAAAGUUGUUUUCGAGUAAAUCAUUAUUAAUGAUUUAUCUCAAAUGUCAAAAUAUCUGAUUUUGUAUUAUAUAACUUAGUUUAUGAUACUUAUCUUUUUUUAAAUUAGCUAAAGCUUAAAGUUACCUUUUUUACUGCCACUAGUCCUAUACUUAAUGUAUUAUACAAAUCAUAAGAUAUAUUAUAGGUAAGUAAAAACAUAAUAAUUGAGGAGUCAAAAUUACGCUGUUAAUUACAACACCUAUUUAUGAUUUAUAUUUUUAGAACAGUGUAUUCUUUGUUUAAGCAAAAUUAUCUUUUUUAUGUUACUAUUUAUUUAUGAUUUGUUACAGUCAAUAUUAUACUAGUAUUUGUUUGUUGUUCCUUUUAAGUGCUGUGUUUUACAU